AUGAGCAUCUCCAUGCCACGCAAAGCGCAACUGCCACGAACAGCGACUCUCCUCUUCGGAGCAUACAGAAUCCAGAGCCACGUCCAAGCCGGGCAUACUUGCUCUAGCUUCAAUUCUCGAGCGAUGUCGACGCAAGCAGAUCUUGCCAUACCUACCAUCGAUGUGUCCAGCUUUCUGAAGCAGCCUUCAUCUCCUGCUGCACGCGAAGUCAUCGAUCAGGUUCGUGCAGCAUGUGAGACGACCGGCUUCUUCCAGAUUGUGAAUCAUGGAAUUCCGUCGCCGUUGCAAGAAAGUGUCUUCACCGCAGCUCGGAAGUUCUUCGCACUGCCGAUGGAGGAGAAGCGUUCGCUGGAUGCGAAGCACAAUGUUGGACAUCGUGGCUAUGAUGUGCUCGAAAGUCAGUCGUACGAAGAGGGCGUGCUCCCGGAUCUGAAGGAGGGACUGUAUGUUGGUAACGACAUUCCAGCGUCCGAUGAGCGUACCAAGUCAGGACGCUUCUUCAUGGGCCCGAAUGUAUGGCCGCAGAGCCUCGAUUCUGCAGAUCUGCGACAGCCUGUCGAAGCAUACUACUCUGCCGUCUACGCAUUGUCGCUUCGUGUUCUCGACAUGAUGGCUCCUGCUCUGCCAUACGACGUCAAAGAUCUCUUCAGUCGCUUUACCGGUGCUGACCUGGUCGCUGCUCCUCUACGCCUGGUGCACUACCCACCAGCACGGGCCACCAAGCAGCGUCAAUUGGGGUCGUCUGCUCACACUGACUUUGGCGCGAUCACGCUGCUGCUGUCAGAUGGCGUUCCCGGCUUAGAGGUUCAGAACCGCAAGUCAGGCUCCUGGAUGCAAGUUCCUCCUUCCGAGGACGCUUAUGUCGUUCAUGUUGGGGACAUGUUGCAGAUGUGGACGGGCGGUCGGCUCAAGAGUAGUGUUCAUCGCGUCCUCAAUGGUGAAGAGAGGGAUCGGUAUAGCAUUGUGUUCUUUUUCGAUGGCAACCUGGACUGUCCUUUGACUCCGCUUGAUGAGAAGGAUAGGAUUGAGGGACAGGAGGUGCCCACUGUUGAGGGUCAUAUGUUGAAGAGGAUGGCAGAUUCGUAUGGCAAGGGAAAGAAGUAG